AUGGAUAAUAACUCAAUCAUUCAGUGCCCCCCUGGUUGCAGGCUUUUGCUGGACAAUUCUUCGCAUUUUGCUCACUCUGAAUACAAUGGUAGCUUUUGUCGAAUAAAUGCUACUGUUCUGAAGUACUCUUGCCUGCGCUGCCCGACAGGUUUUUACAGCAUUUCACGUGCAACCUCUCGAGGACUGAUAUUGAACAGAACAGUAAAAUGUCAGCGAUGCCCGUUCGGUGCCAAUUGUGUCAAAAGAAAUAUAGUAGCCAAACUAAACUUUUGGGGUCAUCUAAAUGGUUCAUCUGACCCACCAUCACUGACGUUCACUGCCUGUCCAGAGCAUUAUUGUCGAAGUCCAGGCCCAGGCGCAAGCGGUUAUAACAGUUGCUCAGGGAACAGAAGAGGAAUUUUGUGUGGUGAAUGCAUUCCAGGAUACAGUGUAACUCUUUUCACACCAGAAUGUCGUAAGGAUGAAGAAUGUGACAACUAUUGGUUCUGGGUAUUGACAUUCUUAUUAACGAUUAUGUUAUCGUUAUACCUAUUAAGAAAACCCCCUACUCUAAGCUUUCUCGUCAAUCAGAUUAUUUGGUUUAGCAAGAAAGAAAGCCAACGGGACGACAGCGCGUCACAUCAACACAAUCCCCACACAGAUAACGCCUACAUAAAAAUAACUUUUUAUUUCUAUCAAGCCGCUGAACUUUUGAUUGUUGGAUGCAAAGAAUGCCUUCUGAAAAAGGUGCCAUACAUGUAUGCAGUUACCGCCGCGUUCAACUUUAAACUACGCACCCUCAAUGAAGGUUUGGGCUGCCCUUUUGCUGGGCUAACAUCUGUGACAAAGCAAUUGGUUCUUUCUGGUACCGUUUUCUUGACAAUGGCUGACAUCGCUCUCAUUUAUUUCGUCCAUUGUGUUAUCAACAUGAUAACGCGCAACCAGAAGCCAUUCCUCUUCCAUUACAUGGCCGUCAUCAUAGAAGUGUUGCUGUUAGGUUACGAAAGACUGGCUGAAACUUGCCUCAAACUGAUGACCUGUGUCUCAAUCGGAUCUGAACUGCGGCUUUUUAUCGAUGCAAAUGUUACAUGCAUGCAGUGGUGGCAGUAUCUCGUUCUCGCCUGCAUUGCGGUGUUUAUUGUCGCCUUCAUUAUUGUUCUUUACUUCGGAUCAUCCAAGCUUUACAAGGCUUCAAUAACGGCGACUGAAUUUCUUGCUGCGUGCGUGCUUCCAUUGCCAUUUCUUGUCUAUUGGCUUCGUAAGAAAGCCCAGAAACAACCUGGGAAUGAGUCUCUUGAAGCAAAAGUUGUUAACAAAGAUAUCAUGGAAGUACUUCAUGGUCCUUUCCGUCCACCUAAGAGCGACGAUAAAGGGACACUCUACUGGGAGAGCGUGCUGAUUGGCCGAAGAUUCAUUCUCCUAGCUUGUCACUCGUUUAUAACAAGCCCAAUGCUGCGAAUGAUCGCCAUGGCUACAGCUUGCACUCUGAUAGCGCUCCACCAUGUAUCAAAGAAUCCAUUUCGAGAUCCAAUGGCCAACGGAGCCGAGACAUUGUCCCUUACUGCUUUGAUAGUAAUUUCCAUUAUCAAUCUUACCAAGGCAACCCUGAUAUCAUUUGGCAUCUCAAUCACUGGGCCUUAUAAAUUAUCUGGAAACCAUGGAGUGUUUUGA